AUGAAGAGAGCAACAAUCAGAGACAUUAGGGAACAUGAAUGGUUUAAGCAGGAUCUUCCCAAAUACUUGUUUCCUGAAGACCCAUCCUAUAGCUCAACCAUGAUUGAUGAAGAAGCCUUAAAAGAAGUAUGCGAGAAGUUUGAAUGCACUGAAGAUGAAGUGUUAAGCUGUCUAUACAGCCGAAAUCAUCAGGAUCCCCUAGCAGUUGCUUAUCACCUCAUUAUAGAUAAUAGAAGAAUAAUGAACGAGGCCAAAGACUUCUAUUUGGCUACAAGCCCACCAGAUUCUUUUCUUGAAGAUCACCAUCUGUCUCGCCCUCAUCCUGAAAGAGUGCCAUUCUUGGUAGCUGAAGCACCACGGCCUCGCCACACUCUUGAUGAACUGAAUCCACAGAAAUCAAAGCAUCAAGGUGUGAGAAGAGCCAAGUGGGCAUUUAGGAUACGGAGCCAGAGUCGACCAAACGAUAUCAUGGCUGAAGUUUGUCGAGCAAUUAAACAACUGGAUUAUGAAUGGAAAGUUGUAAAUCCAUACUAUUUGCGUGUUCGAAGGAAGAAUCCAGUGACAAGUGCAUAUUCUAAGAUGAGUCUACAGUUGUAUCAGGUGGACAGUAGGACGUACUUGCUGGACUUCCGUAGCAUUGAUGAUGAAGUUACUGAAGCAAAAUCUGGGACUGCAACUCCACAGAGAUCAGGUUCUGUGAGCAACUAUAGAUUCUGUCAAAAGGAUUCAGAUGCUGAUGCACAAGGAAAAUCAGCAGAUACAUUCCUUACCUCAUCAGUGACCUCUUCACUUGACUCUUCUACAGCUGAUUUAACUUCAAGACCAGGGAGUCAUACAAUAGAUUUUUUUGAGAUGUGUGCAAAUCUUAUUAAAAUACUUGCACAAUAAUUCUGAAGAUGGGCUUAUUUCUUUUACAGCAAUAAGCAUGCCUAAAUCAUAGUCAAAUGCUUCCAGUUAUAAUCAAAUUAAGGCACUGAAAAAACUAGCCACAAAAUGCAAUUUGCCCAGGGACUGAAAUGAUUCUGGGCAGUUAGGUGUAGUGUGUUAAUGCUGGAGUGAAUUCUGAUUGUUUGCUCU